GCGUCAAUUCAAUUUGCGAUUCCUUGUGGUUUGUUUUUGUGCGGGUUUUGUGCCGCUUUUAAUGAAAACUAACAUAAUUACUAUUAUUUCACUAACAAUUCAACAACUUUGACAAAUUACCAUGGAUCCCAAAUCAUUUUUUCAUUCUUGGUGCAAUAAAAAAUCCCUGAAUCCAUCUUUCGACGUCCGAGCUACUGGGCCCAAACAUCGUCAGCGGUUCCUGUGCGAAGUCCGCGUCCCUGGCUUCACGUACGUGGGCGCUGGCAACUCCACCACCAAGAAGGAGGCGCAAGUGAACGCGGCCCGCGACUUCGUCAACUUUCUCGUCAGGUCUGGGGAAGUCAGCCAGGCAGAGGUGCCCGAUGAUGCGAGAGUCAAGACAGAACCGAGCGACAAUGCCGCGCCCUUCGAUAAUACGCUGCAGAUGCAGAGACCUGUGUUUCAGGAAGGUAUGGGCCCAGAAUCCAUGGGUCCUGCGUACCAAGCCUACCAAGGAGAGAACGAAAGGCCCGGUCCAAGGUUCACAUACAUGGACCGCUUGCAACAACAGAAGAAUGUGGAAGAAGCUGAAGAUCUGGAUGUGAAUGCUGCUCUCCACGGGAACUGGACCAUGGAAAAUGCCAAGUCCAAGCUGCAUCAGUUCAUGCAGAUCAAUAAGAUAUCUGCAGACUACAUCUACAAGGCUGUUGGGCCAGAUCAUACACGGAGUUUCUGCUGCGAGAUGUCCAUAUUCGUCCGCCAACUGAACCGCAACAUCACGGGCAGAGAGACCGCGUCCAACAAGCAGACGGCGAGCAAGUCCUGCGCACUGUCGCUAGUGCGCCAGCUGUACCACCUCGGCGUCAUCGAGCCCUUCAGUGGCACGCUCAAGAAGGACAGAUCAGCAGAAAAUCAAAUGAAGCCGUACGAGGUCCGAAUGAGCCCAGAGUUAGAGCAGCAACUUCAAGACACGCUUAGGGAGCUGAACAUCACCCCAGUGGAAGUGGGUCCGUCGGUGGAGGCGGCAGAUGGAGGCUCCACGGCGCAGACGCUUUUACAGGUGGACCGAGUCCGCAAGAUGAUGGAGGCGCGGCACGAGGCGGGCGGCGUCGUGCCGUGGUCGCCGCCCGCGCCCAACUGGAACGCGUGGACCGCGUGCAACAUCGACGAGGGUCCUCUGGCCACACGAAGUCUGGAAGACAUCAGCGUGGAUCUCGAGCAGACUCAUCGCAGCAUGACGCAGAACAGUCAGAUAUACCAGGAGAGCUUGCGCGAUCGUGAGACGCUGCCUAUAUUCGCGAUGCGCUCGACUCUGAUGGAGGCUAUCAACGACAACCCCGUCAUCAUCAUCAGAGGUAAUACCGGAUGCGGAAAGACCACGCAGGUAUGCCAGUUCAUCCUGGACGACUAUAUAGCUUCAGGGCAGGGCGCGUGGGCCAACGUGUGCGUGACGCAGCCGCGCCGCAUCUCCGCCGUCAGCGUGGCCGAGCGCGUGGCCAGCGAGCGCGCCGAGGAGCUGGGCAACUCUACUGGAUACUCCGUGCGAUUUGAGUCCGUGCUGCCCCGUCCUUACGGCUCAAUAUUGUUCUGCACCGUCGGUGUCCUGUUGAGGAAGUUGGAAGGCGGACUUAGAGGAGUCAGCCACGUCUUGGUUGAUGAAGUGCACGAGCGAGACGCCGACACGGACUUCGCUCUCAUUCUACUACGAGACAUGGCGCACACGUACCCGGACCUACGCAUCAUUCUCAUGUCUGCUACAGUAGAUACGACGCUCUUUACCAAGUACUUCGGCAACUGUCCCGUCUUCGAGAUCCCCGGGCGCACGCACCCGGUGACCCAGUACUUCCUAGAAGACUGCAUAGAGCUGACCAAGUUCACGCCGCCGCCGGACACCAGGAAGCGCAAGGCCAGCGGCAAGCGAGCACGGAACGAUGAUGAGGACGAUGAUGAUGAAGGCGUAGGCGUGGAUGAGGAAGAGGACAUGAACAAGACGUGCGAGCUCGGGCCCAACUACUCGCCCGCUACUAGGAACGCCAUACAACAGAUCUCCGAGAAGGAUCUAAGCUUCGAGCUGAUCGAAGCCAUUCUCCUCUACAUCCGUUCCCUCGGCUCCGACGGCGCGGUCCUAGUGUUCCUCCCCGGCUGGAACCUGAUCUUCGCGCUCAUGAAGCAGCUGCUCGCGAGCCGCGUGUUCGGGGACCAGAGCCAGUACCUGGUGCUGCCGCUGCACAGCCAGAUCCCGCGCGACGAGCAGAAGAGGGUGUUCGUCACGCCGCCACCGGGGAUCAUUAAGGUGAUCCUAUCAACGAACAUAGCCGAGACGUCGAUCACGAUCAACGACGUGGUCUACGUCAUAGACUCGUGCAAGGCCAAGAUGAAGCUGUUCACGUCACACAACAACAUGACGUCAUACGCCACCGUGUGGGCCAGCCGGACCAAUUUGGAACAGCGCAAGGGGCGAGCGGGCCGCGUCCGCCCCGGCUACUGCUUCACUCUAUGCUCCAGCAAGCGAUACUCGCGCCUCGACGAGCAUCUCACCGCGGAGAUGUUCCGCACCCCGCUGCACGAGCUGGCCCUCAGCAUCAAGCUGCUCCGCCUGGGCGCCAUCGGCCACUUCCUGUCGAAGGCCCCCGAGCCGCCGCCACUGGACGCCGUCAUUGAAGCCGAGGCUCUGCUGCGCGAGCUCGGCUGCCUCGACUCGGAGGACGCGCUCACGCCGCUCGGCGCCAUACUCGCCAAGCUGCCUAUAGAGCCGCGCCUCGGCAAGAUGAUGGUCCUCGGCUUCGUGCUGGGCGUGGGAGACCCCCUGGCGACCAUGGCGGCCAACUCAACGACCUUUCCCGAGCUAUUCAGCCUGGAGGGGGGGCGGCGGCGGCUAUCGUUUCACCAGCGAGCGCUGGCGGGCGACCGCGCCGCUGAUCACGUCGCCAUGUUGAAUGCUUUCCAGAUGUGGGAGCGCGAGCACGCGAAGGGCGAGGAGGCGGAGCUGCGCUGGUGCGAGUGGAAGGGCGUGCAGCAGACCACGCUCAGGGUCACGUAUGAAGCCAAGUAUCAGCUGAAAAACAUCCUGACGACUACGAUAGGGUUCCCCGAGGAGUGUUGCAUCCCGCAGCGAUGGAACCCUGUUGGACCAGACCCGAUGCUGGACCUGGUCAUCGGGGUGCUGUGCAUGGGAUUGUACCCUAAUGUGUGUCUGCAUCAGGGGAAGAGGAAGGUGCUAACAACAGAAGGCAAGCCGGCGCUCAUCCACAAGACCUCAGUCAACUGUUCCAACCAGGAGCAGAGGUUCCCCUCACCCUUCUUCGUGUUCGGAGAGAAGGUCCGCACCCGCGCCAUCAGUUGCAAGCAGACCAGCAUGGUGGCGCCGCUGCAUCUGCUGCUGUUUGGUAGCAGAAAGGUUGAAUGGGUAGACGGCGUGGUCCGGCUCGACAACUGGGUGAACCUGGCCAUGGACCCGGGUGCGGCGGCCGCAGUGACGUCACUGCGGCCCGCUGUGGAGCGCCUGCUGGAACGCGCCGCCGCCGAGCCCGACGCCGCGCUGCAGUUUACUCCAGCUGAGCAGAAGGUGGUAGACUGCGUGAAAGCGCUAUGCGUGAUGGACGCAGGAGACUACCAGAUCAAGCGAGAUGUGAGCGCUCCUGACUUCCGCCCCGACGGGCCCAAGCGCGGGGCGCCCCGCGGCUGGGGCACCAGCGGGCCUAGGGGCGGCUUCGGCGGGGGUAACACUGGGUUCGGCGGGGGUAACACUGGGUUUGGCGGGGGUAACACCGGGUUUGGCGGGGGUAACACCGGGUUUGGCGAUGGAGGCGGCUUUGGAGGUAACCGUGGAGGUUUUGGAGGAAGAGGCGGUUUCGGCGGAAGAGGGGGCGGCUAUAAUAACGGAGGGGGUUUCAAUAAUAGGGGGGGUUUUGGACGAGGAGGGUUUAGGGGCAGAGGGCGUGGGCAGUGGUAGUCUAAAUACCGACAUUCCGACAAUGAGACGUUGGUUAGAACCAAAUUGACUUAGUAUUACUUGUGUAAGCUGUGACGUGAUAAGUAAAUAAAUAUAUGAAAUAA